GGAUAUCUGUGGAUAAGAUUUUCGCAAUGGAUGUCGCGAGACGGACUUUACACCACUUUCCAAACCUUACAAAUUCAUUGCCAAAGCCCAUCCCCUCUUUCUCUAUCUCUCUCUCUCUGCAAUUGCAAGAACUGACUAUGCUCAAAAGGAAAUUCCUGAGAGGAUUGUGAAACUGGUGUGGUAACUGUAAAGUUAUGGCAAAUCAAGACAUUCAAAUUGGCACAGAGAGAGUAAAGAAAGUUAAAGAAGUCCAAAUGGGAGAGUCUAACAAAGAGAGGGCUUAUUCUAGGACCAUCAGCAAGCAUCAAGAAAGAACCGAAGUCACUAACAAAGAAUGGGUUCAGGCAUUGCCACUCAAGGGGAAAACUGCAGAUGAUAAGAUUCAAUUGUAUCCAAUGCCAGAGUGUACCCUUUGCUGCUCUUGCAUUAGCAAUAUUAGUUGCCGCACUGUUCGCUCAAGAACAAAACUAAUGAACAUUCUAAUAGAAAGAGGGAAGCCCCAGGAAGCCCAGACUAUUUUCAAUAGCUUGAUUGAAGGAGGGCACAGACCGUCCCUGAUAACGUACACAACCCUCUUAGCCGCUUUGACCUACCAGAAACACUUCAAUUCCAUACAUUCAAUUAUCUCUCAAGUGGAGAAAAAUGGGAUGAGUCCAGACUCGGUCUUCUUUAAUGCUGUUAUCAAUGCUUUUUCUGAAUCCGGGAACAUGGAGGAAGCCAUGAAAGCCUUCCAGAAGAUGAAGGAGAGUGGAUAUAAACCUACUACUAGCACUUUCAACACGUUAAUUAAGGGGUACGGGAUUGCUGGUAAACCCGAAGAAUCUGUGAAAGUUCUAGAAGUAAUGUUCCAAAAGGAAAAUGUGAAACCCAAUCUGAGGACUUACAAUGUACUUGUGAGAGCAUGGUGUAACAAAAACGUUACAGAGGCUUGGAAUGUGGUAUAUAAGAUGGUAGCUUCAGGUUUGCAACCUGAUGCUGUUACUUACAACACGAUAGCAACGGCUUAUGCUCAAAACGGAGAAACAGGUCAGGCUGAAAGUAUGAUUUUAGAGAUGCAUAACCAUAAUGUGCAGCCGAAUGAACGAACUUGUGCGAUUAUCAUAGGCGGUUAUUGCAAAGAAGGUAAAAUAAAAGAUGCUUUGAGGUUUGUGUACACGAUGAAGGAGCUUGGAUUUUGUCCUAAUCUUGUUGUUUUCAAUUCACUAAUCAAGGGAUUUUUAGACAUGGCUGAUAGAGAUGGGGUCGAUGAGGUUCUGACAAUGAUGGAAGAAUUUGGAGUCAAACCAGACGUGAUAACUUUUAGCACCAUCAUGAACGCAUGGAGCGCUGCAGGAUUUAUGGACAAGUGUCGGGAAAUCUUCGAUGACAUGGUGAAGGCUGGCAUAGAACCCGACACCCACGCAUACAGCAUUCUCGCUAAAGGUUACGUUCGUGCACGCGAACCUGAAAAGGCAGAGGAACUCCUGACCAGCAUGGCCAAAUCUGGCAUCCGCCCAAAUGUAGUGAUCUUCACGACUGUCAUCAGCGGAUGGUGCAAUGCCGGGAAAAUGGAGUAUGCAAUUAGGGUUUUUGAAAAGAUGUGUGAAUCUGGAACAUCUCCCAAUUUGAAGACUUUCGAAACUUUGAUUUGGGGAUAUGCGGAAACAAAGCAGCCAUGGAAAGCUGAAGAAGUGCUUGAUCUCAUGGAGGGUUUUAAAGUUCAGCCUGAGAAAUCCACUUUCAAGCUGGUUGCGGAAGCGUGGCAUGCCACUGGAUUAGCCGGAGAAGCAAAUAGAUUAUGGGGUACCGUCAAGAAUGAUGAUACAAAGGAUGAGAUGCCGGUGGUAGAGAGUUUAGAGAAAAUUUAUCAGAAUCAAGAUGCGAAUUCCUCUUGUUCUGAUCUGUCACGUAUACCUAGUUUAGUAAAUUAUCAAAAAGGAUCAGCUGCCUCUAGCAAGAGAAGUCGGAUGGUGUUGAAAGAAGCAGAACAUUUUUCGGAAAGCUUGUGGAGUUGUACCAAAUCCAUGUAUGUUACUAGUAAAUUUGGAGCAAAAUCGCCAAUUGUUUGCAAGAAACAAUCUCAAAGGGGGCAGCUUUUUAUGUGUGGUCAGCCGUGUACAGUGUUUCCGGGUGCAAUGAGCCUGUAUUCACUUCACAGGUUCAUUACAUAGGAGGUUUGAAAUUCAAUUGUUGUACAUAGUGAACAGAGAGGGUGAUCUUCAUUUUGUGAACCUCACAAGAAGGGUUUUAAAUAUCGGCCGGAUACUAUCUGAUAUUGGCCAUAUAUGACUAUAUCACCGAUAAUGUUAUUUAAAACCAUGCUCACAGGCAUCCAACAUGACCAAUGGUUUACUGACUGUAAUUUUUUAAAUCGGCAUUUGUAUUUUGGUUACUGUAUAGUUGUACCAUGGAUGGCUUUUUUAAGACAGGCAACGGGUAUUUAAAUCUUUGAUGAAACUAAUGAAAAUGUUAUUAAUGGUA